AUUUCCCAGUCUAACCCAAACAUCCCGUCACAGCUUAAAAAAUUGCAAAUCUGAAGCUGAAAUCCAAAGCAAGCCUGUAGCUCCCAAAUUCAUAAUGUAGACUCCAACCACAUACUUGCACUCUUCUCCUACCUACCUGUAGGGAGCAUGUAUUGGUUCGAAACACACACGCGCACACGCACACACACAGUCUCAGAAACAUGGACAAAGACAUGCACAUUCCUCACAAUUGAAAUCGGUAGUACUUGGGCAGGAGGGAGGGAAAGCAAAUCUGUUGGCUAGGAUAACUAUCAUUCAAUGCAGUUAUUUCCUUUUUAAGGUCAAGGAUUUCUUGUAUGAAAAAUCAAAAGGAUCAAACAAGGCCUAUCAUUAGUUAUGAUAUUUCAGGAUAGUGUUUUUUCAUACUUGGUAGUAUGCUAAUCUGCCUUCAUUGUUCAUGGGUAUAUUGUCCUAGCAACCCAUAUUGUACUGGAUCAUUUGGAUCCCAGUUAGGGUUUUGUUUCAUUGCAGGUGCAAUGGCUUUUUUCCUUGUGGGGAUGACAAUUGAUCAGUAUGUGGCCAUCUAUGUGCCACUGUGCUACUUGUCUAUCAUGAACUGGAAUAUGUGCACAGGAUUGGUGGCAACUGCAUGGUUCAGUGGAUUUCUUCAUUCUAUUGUACAGAUUGAUUUUUUUCUCCAGCUACUAUUUUGUGGUCCAAAUGUACUGGACAAUUUCUACUGUGAUGUCCCUCAAGUCAUCAAACUGGCCUGCACUGAUACUCUCAUGGCUGAACUACAGAUAGUGUUUAAUAGUAGAGUGAUUAUUAUUACUCUUUUUGUAAUUUCUUACACUGACAUCUUGCUUAAGAUAAGGACAUGCACCACAGAAGGGAAAUGGAAAGCCCUGUGUACCUGUGGAACCCAGAUAACUGUUGUGAACUUAAUAUUCAUCCCCUGCAUCUUCAUCUAUGCCCAACCUUAUAAGAAAUUCCCUAGGGACAAGGUGGCCUCCCUUGUUUAUACUGUGGUCUCUCCAAUGGUAAAUCCAAUGACUCACACAUUGAAAAACACUGAGAUGAAAAAGGCCAUGAGGAGAACACUGGGAAAAAUAUUUCUCUCCGGAGGAAUACAGAAACCAGACCAGACAGCAGAUCCAAAGACAUCAGGUCUGGUGCUUCCAUGAGAAAACUGUAUUCAUCUCUCCUUCAGUAAGUGAGCAACUUUCUAGGUGUGAGAUGAAGGCAACAUUCACCUCCCAUCAGCUUAGGAAGGUCAGUCACAUGUUUUCUUGUCCUCCAUGGAAUGUGCAGUAUGGUGUGAUUUCUAGAGCCUAAUAAGAGUUUUCUGCAAUAAAUGACCUGCAAAGACGUCACCAUGGCACACCCGGGAUACUGACCAUGUGAGGGGCCCUAACCUCGCCCUUGUUCUCUCUGGUGGAAAUCACAGCUGGGCAUUCCACUCCAGCAUGUCUCACUUCUCUUCAGCAAUCUAGUGUAGUUUCAUCUCUAGGUUAGCAUACCAGAAAACUAGCUUGGUAAACUUGAUUUUUAUAUCUGCUUGUCACAUAGUUACAAAGGGUCUUUAUAGUAGAGUCAGAUAUAGGUUCAUUGUACUCCUUUUCCUUCUCUUAUCCUCACUUUGGAUGGACUGUGUAGAUUUUAGGAUCAGUCCUGGAAGGAAGCGUCCUGGUCCCACAUUAGACAACAUGGAGCUGGUUGAGGGAUAAGAUUGUCUCAGGGCUCGCUCAAGGGUGCUUCAGGGAUGGAGGUUCUGCCCCCACACCAUUCCCCUCUUCUUUGCUCUGCCCCAUCCUCCAGUUUCAUUUCAGCAAUCCUCACAUGAUCAUGGUCUCCUACAAAUCCAGAGUCUUCUACACGGAACAGGCAUUCUGAACAUAAUGCUAAAGAAGGACAAAUGUGACAAGUGAGGAGGCAGACCUCCCAUGGUGUUUCUGAAUCACUAAGAAAUUAAAAUUUAUUUGUAGAUCCUGAUAGAAGAUCUAAAAUUUUCUUUUGAGGAAAUAUCAGGCCCAAAACUGGGCCACCUGGAACCAGGAAGAGACCUGGGGGAGUAGGAUGGAUGUAGAGAAGAGAAAAUUCUGUCUGCAGGAAUAUCUGACAUCACUUCAUGGAGGAUGUUGUAUGGAGGAGAAAACUUAGAAGUUUCUCAGAUCUGCCACAGAAAGUGCUGCUGAACACCAAGCCACCCAACCUACAAAUGACCUCAGACUCAGAAUUAGCAUAGUCCUUUGGGUCUCAGAUACAGCUAAGUGUCCUUAUGCCUCAUAUGGUAGGCUAACAAGGCCACGAAGGGCCUGUGUAGUAGGUGCCAGAGAUAAUGAAGGUCUGUGCACUGCAGGUGCCACCAAAUCCCCUUCAAAGGAGCCGGAUGUCAAUACUUCUGGUCUGUUGUCUGAGGAGCUCUUAGGUGACACAGACUGGUUGUCUUUCACUUCUGAAGGAGUGCUGAAGGACUGCUUUCAGGGUCAGUUGUGUGACAGGAGUGCAAAGGGACAGAAACUCUGCACCAGAAAGCAUGAGGCUGCUCAGAAUGGUGGUAACUGUGCUCCUUAAGGAUCAUGCUUCUCAAGGACCAUGGAGCCAACCCUGGGUGAAGAAAUUUCCCCAGUACAUCAAAUCUGAUCAUGGACACCAUCCCAGAUUGGGGAUGCUUCUGUCCAGGUGUAGGUGCCUCUUGCUGGGUUUAGAGGGACGGUGGCACCAUGUGUGGGAAACAAGCUGUGGUCAAGGCACUGAGUUGACAGGUGGAAGGAUUGCAAGAAGAGACAGAGCAGAGAUGAUAGCAAAGUCCUUUACAGCGUUGAUGGACAUGCAGCUGGAAGGCACGCUUUACUGAGUGAGGAGAGAGGACGGUGUGAGUGAGCUCAGCUCUAGCAAAAUCAAGGGCUCCUUCCAAAAUACCAAAAAUCGGUGCUCCUUCCUCGGUGUGAAAUUCUGAUUUCCAGAAACCAAAGACCUGUCUCACUGUUUACCAAGCCAGUUUCUAUUUGGAGUAUCUUUCAUGCAGACAUGACAUAUGGAGAUAGGGAGCAGAAGAGAUGAGUUCAGGAAACACGUUGCUGCAUUACUACAUUCUCGUUGGACUGAACUUGAUACUGGUUUGACCUGGGGACAUGGAGCUGCAUCAGACUCACCUCACUUGGACUACCAGAUUCAGCAUAUUUACCUCUAAGAGAAAGAUCUUUCCUAAGGAGUUUGUUUCUUUUUUUUUCCCCCUCUAAACAAAUGUGACCGGGCAGCUGACACUCACUUCUCUGUAAUCACAUUAAGUUAAGCUUGAUCUUCCUCUUAUAGCAUCUUAAAGGACAAGAGUUAUUGUCAUAUGCUCAAAUUUGGUGGUUUUUUUGUUUGGGGAUUGUUUUUGGCUCCAAGUACAUGAACCAUAACGCAGAUAUGAUGUUGAAUUCAAAUGUGCCAUUGUCCAAGACAUAUGGCAAAGUCAUGCAGAAGUGUUUGAGAGUGCAGCAAAAGCUGUGAUAACUUUGCAAGAUUGGUUUUGGGGAGAAGUGUCAACUUUACUGUGUACAAAACUGAAAAGUGAAUGAAAUUUCCUCAGAACUGAGAGAGAAGUCAUCCUGGUCAAAAUCAGUCAUUGCUCCAAUGCUUGAUCCCAUAAUCUACUCACUGAGGAACACAGAGGUGAAGAAUCAAUGGAUUAUAAAACAUCACAACUUUCAAAAUGAGAAAUUCACCUUUCUUGGUGUGGUUGUUUUCUUUUACAGAGAAAUGUGAAAAAAACCCAGAGAAGCAGAUACUGUCAAAUUAAUAAUUGACUUUUGCUUUUGAAAAAGAAGGAAAUUUAAAUAACAAUAAUUAGCAAGUGACUAAAAUGACAAUACUGUCUCUCAAGGUACUAACUGCUUGGGAAAAGUGUUUUCUGACUAAUAAAACAGUGAACAUGCAUUAUAAAAGAAUCAACAGCAAUAGCAAAAACAUUCUGUUUCUCUUGCUGCCCUACCCCCAAGUAGGCUUGGGGUGGGCAAGAAGUUUGGAAGAGACACAGCCAGGAUAGAUGACCCAAAUUGUUCAAAGAGGUAUCUUAUGUCAUAUGAUAUCAUGCUCGCCAAGGAAACUGGAGGGAGUUUUUUAAAAGUAACCAUUGCUCUGAGAAUAGCUCAGAGCAUUGGCCUGCUGCUGGGGAGAGACUGCUUUGCAACACUUCUUUUUUUUUCUCAGCUUAUUAAACAGUUCCAAACCAAAGAUUUUUCACUCAUUUUUUACUAAUUUUUCAUCCAGGGAGUUGAAAUCCCUCAUCAGGAUGAGAGCCUGCAAAUGCAGACCUGUAUCCUGAAGCAAGAGCCCUUGCCAGCUUGCUCCCCCUGAUCAGGCAGGCUGUAGUAGACCCUAAGAGUUGUGUCAAUAAGAAUUAAGUGAUCUGAAGAAGAAUAAUUUUGUAGAACAGAUUUAUUUUUUUCUCACAAGAAUGUAAGGUGACUGAUAUUAAAAAAGAGAAGUCACUCAUCAUUAGACAUAGUAGCAGAAAAAGAAAUCAUGCCGCUGAAAAGCCAGCAGGAUCCCUUUACUUCUGAAAAAAAGACCAAAAAAACCAAACCUCCCAAAAAACAGCGAAAACCCGUCUUUCAGCAGAAUAUCCCGCUCACCUUAUUUAGUGUUAGGGGAACCUGCCCUUGACUCCACAGGCUGUAUUGGUGGGAACUGCACUUAAAGUAAAGGAAGCUUAGUUGAGUUUUCUCUGACUUAGUUCUCUAAAAGGGUUUCUCUUAUGCAAAUGUCUUUGCUGGAAUUUCGGGUAUUUCAGUCAUGGUAAGUUGCAAUAGUUACAAAGAAUAAGGGCGACCAUUCAUCAGGGAGUAAAGCUAUUCCCUUACAGAACCCUAGAAACAAGUCUCCUGAUGGCCUUUUUCAUUUCAGUAUUUCUCAGGGUGUAGACCAGGGGAUUCAGCACUGGAACAAGCACAGUGAAGAAGAUGGAGGCCACUUUGUCCAGUUCAAAUGUCUUGAAGGGCCGAGCAUAGAUGAAUAUUCCUGGAAUGAAUGUUAUGCUUAUUGCCAUUAUCUGGGCAACACAAAUAGACAAAGCUUUGUGCUUUCCUUCUGCGACUUAUCUCCUUAUCUUUACUAAAAUGGCAGUGUAUGAAAGGAGCAGAAAGAAAAAUUACUGUGAGGAUCAGUCCACCAUUUGAGACCAUCAGCAGCUCUGUCAGGUAGGUGUCAAUGCAGACCACUUUCAGCACUUGUGGGACAUCACAGUGGAAAUUGUCCAAAGUGUUAGGACCACAGUAAGGUAAGGGAAGAAGCAGAGCAAUCUGUGUUGCAGAGUGAAUGAAUCCACCUGCCCAUGACCCUGCCACUAGAUCUAAACACACCUCAUUAUUGUCAAGUACUGCAAGGGCUUGUGUAUGGCCACGUACCGGUCAGCUGCCAUCACUGCAAGAAGGAAGACUUCAGCACCACCAACAAAGUGCAAGAAAAACAUGUGAAGAAUGCACUCCUUGAAUGGAACAGUUCUGUGCUAGGAGACAAGACCUGACAAUAGAAUGGCAGUACUUACUGAUGAUUUGGUUAUAUCUGUGAAUGCUAAGUUAGCCAGGAAGAAGUACAUGGGUGUGUUCAAGUGGAAGUCAGUGAUAACAGUGAUGAGGAUAGUGAUGUUUCCCAAGCAGGUCAUCAGGUAGACGAUGAAGAAGACUGUGAAGAGGAAUUGCUGAAUCUUAAGACUGUGGUUGAAACCCAGGAGGACAAAUUCCAUUACAGGAUUGGUUACAUUCUGUGACUCCAUCCAUUACUGUCUGCGCAUGCCUGUGAGAGGAAAAACGGAGAAAGGAGACUGAUGAAUUUAAGAUUUUCAACACCAAGAGAGACGAUCUUUCUGCUCUCUCGGCUCAGAAACUCCCAUUCUAGCAAACUCCUUAUAUCCCUGCACUACACGGUGAAUAUUUUGUUCAGUGGAGGUAAUCUGAGUUUUUGGAACUGUUUCUUCUGAUCUCCAGUUUUUUACUCUGCAUCUCUACCCUUAAAAUCCAGUGUGACUUUACAAUUAGUUGCUAUCUUCAUAAAUAGGCUUCUGUUUGCCGAGUACUCCAGGCUUUAGCCCCUCCUUGGUGCAACAGUUCUUCCCUCUAACAUUACCUUUUACCAUUCUCACAUCUAAAGCACUUAUUCCACAUAGGACUGCUUUGUCUGCAGUCUCAGAGCUGUCUGAUUCCUCUUCUCCACAGAGGAUUACAAAGAGAAAACAAGAAAAAAACCCCAACAAACCACUCACACAUUCAUUCUGUCUAAGCAUCACGGUAGGAACAAAGUUGCUGUGAAAUCUGUAACUUUCUUGGGUGUGAACAAAGGUGGGUUUACUGUAGCCACUCAGGGAUUCCUGCUCCAGCAGUCAUUGAGAAAAUAAAUACUUCAGAGUGUUUUAUGGUGUAAUAGUGUUUCCUGUAGUAUUCGUAUGUUAGCCAAAUGGAAACAGUGCAUUGUGCAUUCUUUACUUUGCAGACAGCUCUGUUUCAGGGCAGAUGUGAUCAUAUCCUGCAGGGGUGUGCCCUGACCGUACAUUCAGAGAGGACCUUGGAUAUGCUGACUGCAGUUAAUUUCAUUUGUACAGGCAUAAGCAUCUCAUUCUACUUAUCUCAGAUUCUUGAAUUAAUAUUCAAUCAUCCUCCGAGUGUGUCUAGUUGUUCUUUGUUCUAAGCAGAUCUUGAUGUUUAGCUCUAUCACAAAAGGGGGACUAUCUUUCUAAAAGGAAAGGUUCAAAGUAAUUUUGGAUGUCUUAAAAUACCCGAGACAUUUACACUGGCUUGGAAACUGAACUGGUUCUUGGGUAGCAGUUUGGCACAAACAUGUGAUGACUUCUCUUCAGGUGCCCUGUAUCUGCACAGAGUAGCAAUGUUCCCUUCUGACAUUUACUACAGCAGAUUAGUGCAGGCUACUAAUCAGAAAGCCCACAAUUACAACCUUCCAGCACUUUCAGGUGUUGUUCUAUUGCCUGUUAUUGAUCCGAGGUCCUUCGUGUCCUGUUUGCAUUGUCCCGUUUGCCAUAGUUAACUGCAUCCAGCUCCUGUUUGCACUGCAGCUCACUCUGGGACAAAACAAGGCCAUGAUACUCCCAUGUCAUUUAGACAAGUCCAUAGCAGUGGAACAGGUUGAAAUCUAGACCAGGAAAUUAAGUAGUCAAGAUGAAGUAAAAGCCAGCAAGAUAUAAGGCCAGGCACAACAUACAUGCAGCACAGGCAAGACAAGAAAAAAGAAGAGAGAUCAAGCUUAAACACUUCAGUCCUGAACCAAUUUCCAGAUGAGGUUUCCCACAACUUUCUUACAAUUUAGCUGUUUCACAUCAAAUUAAUACAAGGUUAAACAACCAUAUUGUAUCAGUCCUGACCUUGAACAGAGACAGCUAAACUGCUGGGGAGAGGAGAGAGGAGACAGCAGAGAGGGAGUACAAAGAAGGCCCUUACCUGCAGGUCAGAGCAUUUUAAACCUGUUUCUGCACCUGUUGUCCCAUCAAAUCUAAAAAAGUCAUCAUGAGUAAACUAGGAGCAUUGGUUAGAGAGUCACUGACACCUGGAAAGGCCAAGCAGGCAGGUAGAAAGUACAUGGGGUUGUAAAACCAUGGAUCACUGAUGACUGUGACAAGGAUUAUGAAGUUCCUUGGAGAAAAACAUGGAGAGAAAAUACUGAAUAAAGAGUUAUCUGUCCUAUGAAUCUUCCUAUUACUGUGUUUUCUGAGGACUGCACUGUGCCAGUGAUUAAUCUCAGACCCUCUCUCUGAAACACCUGUGAGAUUUACUCAGAGGAUCAAAAAAAAAAGAAGACCAGAACAGUAUUCUUUUGGAGAUAUAGGGAUUGGGUCAUAAGGGAAUGAAUUAGAAAGUUCAUGGUUUAUUUUACUCUGUAGAUAAUAAUCCCACAAGCACAAGAGCAAAUGUCCUUCUGUGCUAAGCUCCAUAAGCCUGAAUACUUGUAUGUGACUUCCAGCAGUAUUGUGAAUUACAUGCCAGGAUCAUCUCAGUAGUCAACAGGUAAAACCUGGCUAAUCAAUAAAUUCUUUGCUCAUUUUUUUUUUGUUCGUUAAUGGUAUGUGAAUUUUAGUGAGAAUAACCCAAUUUUGAUC